AUGGAGAACAUGGGUUCAUACCACCACCAAUCCCCAUGGUCUGGUUGGACUUACCAAACCCAUGCCAGCCAGUACCCUAGAUACUCUCAGCAGCUACCUAGUUAUGCCGCUUAUCUCCCCGAAUCGAUGGAGCUCUACAAUGCUCACCAGGGUCAUCUCCUACACCAUCACCAAAUGUCUAGAACAACUGAGACAAAGCCUAGACUUUCUAAAGAGGAGGUCGAGGUGCUUGAGGCCGAGUUUCUAAAGAACCACAAGCCCAACAGCACAGUCAAGAAAGCAUUGGCCGAGUCGAUGAGAGUUGACAACGCUCGCAUCAACAAUUGGUUCCAAAAUCGACGAGCGCGGGAGAAGAAGGAGAAAAACAUUCGGGAGUACGCGGCCAAACAAAGACUGGACAAGGACACAGCUAUUAAUGAAGCUGGUGUUCACUCAGACGACGAUCGCCUCUCUGAUCGUGUUGUUUCCAGUGCUCCAUUUCCAGCCCCUCGUCAUGUUGGAGCCCGGACGACAAGCAUAUCGAGCCCAGAGCAGGAGAGCGAGAAUGACAACAGUCAAUCUGAUUUUGGAGUCGGGUCGUCUCCAGACCUAUCUUCCCAACCAACGCCUGAGCCUCUCUCUGCAUCGAUCAGUGCAUCUCUGGCCUGCUACAGCCAGUACCCCCAACUCAUCGUGCCAGACGAUGAGGAUGAUGCCACUCCUUCUCUGCCUCAGCAGUGCUUCCCACAGCCAUCCACAUCACCUAUCCAAGAGCAAUAUAUGUACUCCAGAAACAGUCUUGCUGUCAAACAGUCCAACCAGCCCUCGACGUUGAAGCCUUCUCCUUCAAUGGAUAUUGCCUCUCGUCGAAACAAGCGCCCCCCUCAACUCGCAAUCAACGCCCCUCGCAGUUUUUCGGCAAGCGGACCCAGAACUGGGAUCGAUGUUGGGAGAAGAGCUGAGGUGGGACAUUCGAUGCGCCGUGUUGCCUCCGCAACUGGAGUUGGACGCAUCGGUAAGCCUAUGACUGGUCCUCGAAGCCCUUACUUUGAAAGAAACCCAGACGUUUUAUUGCAGCUGAAUCGUUCCCCCAACUUCCAAAAGUCGACUACCAUUGCACCACCUACUCCUAACACUCCUGCUGUUGGAAAUCACCAGGGCCUAUGUGAGGCUACCCCGGCCAGCACCGUGGGAUACGAAGAGAAAUACCCGAUGGAUCUUGCAAUCCAUGACCCAACACUCCGAACCCCACCUACCACUCCUGGAGUCAUGGACCACUUGUACAACAAUGAUUCUAACUAUCAAGUUGCCAUCGCCGAUGAGCCUUUGGUGACACCAGGACUGGCAGCCUUUUCUCAUGACUUCGAGGUGCCCGGCUCAUCAAGCCAAGUACCUAACUACCUCUCUCACGGAUGCGCUAGCCAGCCUCAGACUCCAUCAUACACUGCUCCAAUGGGUCCUACCUAUUUUGGCUUUGCUGGUGGAAACGCCGAGUACAACUGGUCUGAUGAUGCUUCGCUAUCAGCGCACUCAUCCCCUGGACAGAACCAGCAAAACGUCAACUUCAUGAACAUGACCCCCUCGAGCUUCACAUACUCAGACAAAUAA